UUUACCUUCUCAAACUCAAAUAGGAAGUGGGUUUCCCCGUGCUGUGGUUGCAUGUCCGAUGGCGAGGAAUGAAGAAAAACAGCAAGGAAAAUUGAACAGAUUAUGGCUUCAGAAGGAAAGAGAGGAGGGUCGAAUAAAAGAUAUCCAUGAACGUAGACCCAAACUUGCAACCCUUAACUCCGCCUCUGCAGUGAAGAAGUGGAUCCCUAGCAUCAAAAGAGAGAUCGAGUACUAUCUCCAGCAGUCACAGCUAUCUCACUACCCUGAGAGAAAGAUAGCAGAGUUUCAGUUCUGCAUCGAGGGUCUGGAGAAGGAGUACAAACGCUUUCUGUCGAAGCUGCGAGCCCUAGACCCUUCCUGCAAACACCAGCCCUGGACUCCACGGGCAUACGCUAAGAAGAGGGAAGACCCCCUCCGCUCUGUCGGCUACGCUAAGAAACCACGCUGUGUGCCGCUGGAUUCAGGUCACGGGAGCACACCACGGGCGGAAGGAGACUGCGAAGGGGCUCACGACAGGACAGGAAGUGACAACACUUUAGCCCACGAGAAAGAGGAUCGCCAAUCAGAGUCCCGCUACUCUGUAGUCGCUGCCAGCGCCGACCCCAGCCCCCUAGCAUCAGAGUCAGGCCAUGCCGACCAGGACCAGCCCCUCUCCUUCGACCGGACCCGACUGGCAGUGGCUCUAGCUGGGUGUCGAGGCCCGGUGGAGCUUGGUUCCUCCCAGACGCCCAGCAUAGCCAGGGUGCUGCUCUCAGGCCUGCCUAACCUCCACAGCUCCCCCCUGGGCCGGGCCAUCGCCCAGGCCAGAGGGCCUGGCUCCCCCGGGCGAGCAGGGGAACGGGGUGGGAGGAGGGGAGGGGGGCGAGGCUCAGUGAUGGACUGUGUCUCUGCGGGGGAGGGGAGGACAAGGAGGAAUGCUGUGGAGACGGAGGACAGGAUGGGACAUGUCCUGGGGCUAGAUGUGGAGACAGGGGACAGGACAGGACAUGUUCUGGGGCUAGAUGUGGAGACAGGGGACAGGACAGGACAUGUCCUGGGACUCGAUGUGGAGACAGGGGACAGUAUGGGACAUGUCCUGGGGCUAGCCUGCUACUCGUCCUCAGAUGAGGAAUCUGCAACGUGACAAGCAAGGAGACGUUUACUUAAAAUAGGAAUCAGGUGAUUUGUGUGAAUAUACAAGCGGUUUAUAUAUAUAUAAAGAAAUAUGUGUGUGUGUGUGUAUAUAUAUCCGUAAAUGCAUGAAGAUAAAAUGUAUGACGUCAAUAAAAAUUACGAGAUGGAUUUUUCCAUCCACAAAAAUAUAUAUAUAUUUAAAAAAUCCUUCUUGUCAUUUAUUGACAUUGAUUUCAUCUUUGCAUAUUUACGGAUUUUAGUAUGGAGGAAAGGUGUUCACCGGCUCUUCCCUGAUGCUCUAGGUAUGAUGUGAAGUGGGACAAGGAAACUGGUGAGCUGUUCUACUGCCUGCAGUGGAGGGGGGGAGUGAUUCAUCUGUCAAUCGACUGCUGUGUUAUCAGUCAUCACCAUGACCACAUGCUCAGUAGUUACAUCAGAUGCUGCUGAAAGCAGAUUUGCUGACUCAGUUACCCGAACACUCGUUUGAAUGCAGGCAACCACACAGCCCACAGCCCCUCAACACCACCUCGUCCCCAGCUGCUCCACUGUCGUGCUUUAAAUGCAACACUUCUUGGAAGCAGGGUUGCAUCUGGGGUAGUAGAGUGAACUGAUGUGUUGCCCUCUAGUCCAAAGACACAGUUUCCCACGACACUGUGUGAACCUCCUCUACCUAAGGGCCUGGGUUUUCUGGGACGUGGGAGGGAUUCAGAUACAUGAUAGCCAGGACUGGAAGGGUGGGGCAGGGGUGAACUUCCAGAUACACGAGGCCCUGGACUGGAGGGGUGGACAGAACAGGGCUGCUUCCAUUGACAGGACAUGCGCAAAUACAAGGGGUGUUUGCGGUCAUGCAGUUCAACUUUGAUGUACUGUAGAUUUUAAACCAAUGCAGGAAUUUUGAAUAAUGUUCUUAAUACUUUCUUGAUAUGGCACUCCAAAAUCCAAAAGAAUAAACAUCCAUGUGUACUGCAGAUGAUUAUCCAUCAAAUCAGACCAGUGUUUUCUUGUGAUGUAUUUAGCAGACAAGAGCAUUCACACACAGCAAGUCUUUUGCCAAUUUUCAUCCAUGUCUGUUACCUUUUAGUGACCUUUAUUGUGAAGUUGUGUGCAUUUACAGAGAAAGACUGUUUACAGACUACACAUUCAAGUUGUUUAUGAACUACUGAAUAGUUCCAGUCGAAAAUGAGAGAUUUUUUUAUUAUCCACCUAGGUGAUCAUCUAAUAAUGGAUCAAUUCAAAUGAUUAGGAAGUAUACAUAUGGACUUCCUCAUGUAUAGAGAG